AUGCAAAUUAGGAUUGAUAUUAUCCUAUAUUCCUAAGAUCACCAAAGUAAUGAUUAUUGUAAUUAAAGUGAUUAAAAGUAAAAUAACAAGGCCAAAUACUAUAUCCCCAAAGUUAAAAUUAGACUCAAAGGCAUAAGGAAUAACAAGGAAAGUCUGAGCUAGCUUUUGUAAUAGAUAAAAGUGUCCAUUACUGUAUUUCCAUAAAUUCCAACCACUAAUUGGUAACAUUAUUGCAAGGUAUUAAACAUUCAUUAUGAAAGCAACUGUAAUAAUCCAAAACUCAGAAGGUUGGCUAUUAUGAGGUAAAUGAGCUAAACAAGACAACUAUUCAAAUAUUAUAAAUUUCAUAAUAAUAAUGA